AAUGCCCUCCACAGCUUAUAAAUAAGUUGCUGUUUCUCCCUCUCACCACACUCCAACCAAAAGAUUUAUAUCGAUCUCUGCUCCUCUCUCUCCUCUCGUUUAAUUUCGAUCAGUAUGGAUCUCUCUAAGUUUCGACCAUCAAGCGCAUAUGAUUCCCCUUUCUUGACAACAAAUGCUGGUGGUCCUGUCUACAACAACGUUUCUUCCUUGACUGUUGGACCUAGAGGGCCUGUUCUUCUUGAGGAUUAUCACUUAAUAGAGAAGCUCGCGACUUUUGAUCGUGAGCGGAUACCUGAGCGUGUUGUUCAUGCUAGAGGUGCCAGUGCAAAAGGUUUCUUUGAAGUCACUCAUGAUAUUUCUCAUCUUACCUGUGCUGAUUUUCUCCGAGCGCCUGGGGUUCAAACACCUGUUAUUUGCCGUUUCUCUACUGUCGUCCAUGAGCGUGGAAGCCCCGAGUCCCUUAGGGACAUUCGUGGUUUUGCUGUCAAAUUUUACACCAGAGAGGGUAACUUUGAUCUGGUUGGAAACAACGUCCCCGUCUUCUUUAAUCGUGAUGCAAAAUCGUUCCCUGACACGAUUCGUGCACUGAAACCAAAUCCAAAGUCACACAUUCAGGAAUACUGGAGGAUCCUUGAUUUCUUCUCUUUCCUUCCGGAGAGUUUGCAUACUUUUGCCUGGUUUUUCGAUGAUGUUUGUCUCCCGACAGAUUACAGACACAUGGAAGGUUAUGGUGUUCACGCCUAUCAAUUAAUCAACAAGGCUGGGAAAGCACAUUAUGUGAAGUUUCACUGGAAACCAACUUGUGGUGUCAAGUGCAUGUCGGAGGAAGAAGCUAUUAGGGUCGGAGGUACAAAUCAUAGCCACGCCACCAAGGAUCUCUACGAUUCGAUUGCUGCUGGAAACUAUCCCGAGUGGAAACUUUUUAUCCAAAUUAUGGACACUGAGGAUGUAGACAAAUUCGACUUUGAUCCUCUUGAUGUAACCAAGACCUGGCCUGAGGAUAUCUUGCCAUUGAUGCCAGUUGGACGAUUGGUACUUAACAGGAAUAUCGAUAACUUCUUUGCUGAGAACGAGCAGCUCGCGUUUAACCCUGGCCAUAUUGUCCCUGGUCUUUACUAUUCGGAGGACAAGCUUCUCCAGACUAGGAUAUUCGCGUAUGCUGAUACUCAGAGACACCGUAUUGGACCAAACUAUAUGCAGCUUCCUGUUAAUGCUCCCAAGUGUGCUCAUCACAAUAAUCACCGCGAUGGUGCCAUGAACUUCAUGCAUCGCGAUGAAGAGGUGGAUUAUUUGCCCUCAAGGUUCGAUCCUUGUCGUCAUGCUGAACAGUACCCAAUUCCUUCUCGUGUCUUGACAGGAAGGCGUGAAAUGUGUGUCAUUGAGAAAGAGAACAACUUCAAGCAGGCAGGAGAAAGAUACAGAUCCUGGGAACCUGACAGGCAAGACAGAUAUGUUAGCAAAUGGGUUGAGCAUUUAUCCGAUCCACGAGUCACUUAUGAGAUACGCAGUAUAUGGAUAUCAUACCUGUCUCAGGCUGACAAGUCUUGUGGUCAGAAGGUCGCUUCUCGUCUCACUUUAAAGCCUACAAUGUGAUGAAGCUAAGAUGAAAACACUACUGGGAAAACGUCUCAAGUUGCAGUUUGAAGGAGUACUAAACCAAGAAAAGCAUUACGUUUGUGUGUUUUUGCUAUAAAGUGUACUGUUUCGUUUUAUGUUCUGUUUGUACCAAACUUUGAUAUCUUGUGUUUACUAUGACACAAUAUAUGUUGCACUUGAAUAAGGUACAGAUGUAUGUUCAAGUACUGUGGUCAUCUUCUUUCUAUUUUACCUUGUUUCACACUUUUUAAGCUUUUGUGCCAAAAUUAUGUCAUACUUGCUCAUUUUGGUGCUUGAAGUAUACCCUCAAUUCUAUAAUGCCACUGGUAUUGUAGUUUUAUUGACAUGUUAAUAAGAAGAGCUGCUACUCUGUCUUCCGUUCA